AAAGAUUCUCAAAAAAGAUAGAAAUCUAAAGAUCAGUCAAUCUGAGUGAGACAGAGAGAGAGAGAGAGCUAUAUUAAUGAAAGCGCUUUAGCAGGGAACGUCCAUGAUCCAUGUUCCUCCCUCUCUCUCUCUCUCUCUCCAUUGAAAAGAAUCCUAGUACUACAGUCUGCAGCACGUGAAACUGUCGAAUUCCUAGUAGCAUUUUGCUAAGUACUUAAAAAAGAAAAAAAAUACAUCUUCUUCAGCAACUACUAUUACAGAAGUACUUUACGAAUCUCUCAAUUCUGCUGACUUCACACUCUGUCUCUGUAUCUGUCUCUCUCGCCUUUGUGGGGGAGGCCAUAUCUGUUGCUGCUUCAUAUGCAUAACAAAUGUGUUCAGAUCUUCUCUCACAAAUCACAACACUGUUCAAUGCAGAUAAGAGCCCAUUUCAGCAGACUUAUGCUGCUCAGGUACUGCAUCUAUGUUUCAUGUAGGCAACCACAUUAUCUACUUGCACUAUAGGCAUGAAGCUGUUGUCUUUUCUGGAACCAUUUGGUAGUGGAUAAUGAGCUGCUUUUUAGACAUGCUCAUUUGAAAACUAUUGACAGAGUAAGUAUCUAGAAAAAACUAAAGGUGAAGUACGAGGAUGAUGACAUUUCCAAAGCGUUACUUGAUUGUCAUUUUAACCUUCAUCAGCACAUCUGUUUGCUACAUAGAACGUGUAGGCUUCUCUAUUGCAUAUACAAUUGCUGCCGAUGCUGCUAGGGUAAACCAAUCAACUAAAGGAACUAUACUUGCUACAUUCUAUUGUGGAUAUGCCUGUUCUCAGGUGCCUGGUGGAUGGGCAGCUCAGAGAAUUGGUGGAAGAAAGGUCCUCCUUAUUUCUUUUGUGUUAUGGUCAUUGACUUGUGCAUUAGUACCACUAGACCCCAAUCAAGUCACAGUUUUAGUGAUUGCCCGCUUACUUGUUGGUGUGGCACAAGGCUUCAUCUUCCCCUCCAUCCACACAGUUCUAGCACAGUGGGUGCCACCCCAUGAAAGAUCCAGAUCUGUUUCUCUAACAAUGUCUGGGAUGUACCUUGGUGCAGCUGCAGGAAUGCUUUUCCUUCCAAGCUUAGUAAAGUAUAGAGGACCCCAAUCAGUAUUUCUUGCUGAGGCGGCAUUAGGUGCCAUGUGGUGCAUGCUUUGGUUCAACUAUGCUAGUGACCCUCCUUGGUCUGAACAUCCAAAAGCCACUGCUGCUGGUUUUGGUGAAUCUUUGUUGCCAGUUAAAGGAAACCAGAAAGUGAAAGUGGAGAAUGGAGGAAUUUCUGGCAGAACUGCCAACAUACCAUGGAAAAAAAUUGUACUCAGCUUGCCAGUUUGGGCAAUUGUGGUAAAUAAUUUCACCUUCCAUUAUGGUUUGUAUGUGUUGAUGAACUGGCUGCCAACAUACUUUGAGAAAGGACUGCAGCUUAGCCUUCAGGAGAUGGGAUCAUCUAAAAUGAUGCCUUAUUUUAACAUGUUUAUAUUUUCAAAUAUUGGCGGGGUGGUUGCUGACCACUUAAUCACCAAGAGAAUCUUGUCGGUGACUGGAGUCAGGAAGUUGUUGAACACUGUAGGGUUCUUAGUUGCUUCUCUUGCAUUGAUAGCACUUCCUAUCUUCAGAACUUCCAGUGGGGCAGUGUUUUGUUCUUCUGUGGCUCUUGGUUUCUUGGCACUAGGAAGAGCUGGGUUUGCAGUGAACCACAUGGAUAUUGCUCCGAGAUAUGCAGGGAUUGUUAUGGGAGUCUCUAAUACUGCCGGUACCUUUGCUGGCAUUAUUGGAGUUCAUCUCACUGGUUGUCUUCUUGAAACUGCGAAAACUUCUGAUUCAGAUCUUUCAAGUCCAGAUAGCUGGAGAUUAGUGUUUUACAUACCAGGGUAUCUAUGCAUAUUUAGUAGUUUGGUGUUUUUAUUGUUUUCCACAGGGGAGAGAAUUUUUGACUGAGUUAAUCUUGUUCCAUGUCAAGAUAAAAUCUCACCGGUACUUUGUUACGGUCAAGAUUCAAUUUACAAAUAUCUGCUGAUGAGCCCUACAAAUAUCAUGGGAGUUCGAAAAUCAGCCUCUCCAAUAAAUUGGUUGUAAGGUUGCUUACCACGACUUCUCUCAAACCCUUACAAAAGUGGGAGCUUUGUGCACUAGGUAUGACCUUUGUUGAUGAGUGUUAUGAGGGUUGCCCAGCAUAUAAUUCUUUUCCAGGAAGGGUGUAAGAUGUCCAGCAGUCCAUAAAAGAAUUUAAAUGGUAGUGUAGCCAUAGGAUAGAAAGAUAUUGAAAAAUAUUCUUUAAUGUUCCAAAUGUAAAGAAUCUGUAACUUAUUUGCUUGUUUUUUCAAUCGCUACGCCAUAAUCGAGCAGGUUUUCAUUUGGCUCAUGAAA